UAAAGAAAUAAAACAUUAAUUCAGUUGAACAGAUUGAUCAUCAUUACAAUGAUGUAAUACUAUCAUUUUGGGAUUUAACAAACAAAAUAUUGCUAUAAAUACAAGUGAGUCAAAGAACAUAAAGUUUGUUGAAGAAUAUAUAUAUAUUAAGGUAUAUUAAAAGGUUUAAGUCAAUCUGUACACCAACAUAAGUCAAAAAUUAGCAAUAUUGAUAACAGAGAUAGGUACAUAAAAUAUCACAGCACUUUCGUAGUAAAUUUGGAUUGUGUGGGAUUAAUAAAAGUAGACCGUCCUAUGCCUCGUGGAAGAAUUCUUUGAUACUAACUACAUCAAGGGUUGUAUUGUAUUGUUAGUAAGUUUAUGAGGCUACUAAUACAUAUACAUACGAAAGUCAAGGAUAAAUUUAUUCUAUGUAAUAUUGCGUAAAAAAGAAGAAGAAAAAAGAUCCUUUUAAUUAGUGCGUCUUUUAUUUAUAAGUAAGGUUAGCUUUUUUGUGUUUUGCAUAACAUUUGCUACCAUUCAAUUCAUGGAGGUGAAACAUUGUUUUAAACUAGAAGAAGAAAAUGUACCAACAAAAUUUGAGGACAAUAAUUUUCAGUUACAUACAGAUAUAGACAUAUUCGAUGAUAACAUUAAAUGUGAAGACGAUAUAGAUACCAAACCUACACAAUUAAUAAUGGAUAAUGAAAACAAUAUUGACACAAAUACUUUAAUACAAAACAAAAUCGAGCAAUUAAACAUUCCAAUUUUGGAGAGUAUCACUCAAGAAAGUAUAAAUAAUUUUAAAUUCUUCAAUGAAAAACAAUAUGAGAAUAGAUAUUUUCUUCAUUCCAAUAAUUUAGGACAGAAUGAAGAUAUUUGUAUAAGAGUCCACACAAACAAAUUGAUGUUGAUAACAUUAUCUAGAAGAAAUGAUAUUGUUACAAGCAAUAAACGAAUUGCAGAAAUUAAUUUUGAAAUUAAUAAAAAAAUUAGGUGCAAUGUUAAGGUUGUUGGUAAGAAGAAAAACGGGGCCAAACUUCUAAGACCUGAUACUAUUAUGUGUCGUGUACGGUUAGAAGGUGAAAAGCAAUUGAGGAACAUCAGAUGUGGAGUUACUGCAUAUUUAGUUGAAAUAAACGGAGCAGUAAUAAAAGAUCCAAAUCUUUUGAUAAAAGAUCCUAAAAGCUACGGUUACUUAGCCAUAAUGAUGCCAAAAGUACAUCAAAGUGAAAAUGAUUCAUGGAAUACUCAUCUAAUCAGUGAAGAAGAAUAUUCAAAUUUGAUAUCAAAAUAAAAAAAACAUAAUGUACAUGAAAUAAAAUAUAUAUGAGAAGAAAAUACUGGGCUUUAAAUUAUUUCAGAAUAAUUUCAUGUGAAAUAUUAGGUAGAAUAUAGUGAACCACAGAAUCA